AUGCUCGAAGUUAUCUUCCCGAAAUAAAUAUUCCUUCUUCGAAAACGUUUUUUUAACUAAACAAACUUUUUUUCUAAAAAAAAUCAGUCGUAUUUGCAAAAAUUAAACUUUUUUUCAAAAUUGUUGAAACACACAUAAAUAAAGGAUGUCUUGAAGAACACUAAAAACGGCUUUUUAUACUCUUUUUACCCAUUUUUCACUUAACGCCUCUGCAAAUAUUUUUGAACAGACUCCAAAAAGGGAAUUUGAUGAAGUCUUGAGUUCGAAGAAAAGUCUGUCGAACGGUUUUUGAAAACAUAACUGGAAAAUUUUCAUAAAAUUCGAAAAAUCCAAAUAAAAAAACUUUUUAAAACUCUUCUGAAGAGGCUGGCAACAUAAAAAAUCAAAUCCAUUAUGAUUUUCUUUCAAAAAGUCUAAGGGAAAGACUUAAAAAUAGACCCAUCUCUUGAAGUAAUGAAAAUUGAAAAGCUUUUCAGGUCUUACUACUGACAGUAUCACCGGUACUCGGAUGUCUACCAGGCCUUGGAGGCGGAGGUGGAGGCUGCUGUCCGCCAGCUCAACCAGCCUGUGGAAACCCAUGCGCAGGGUAUUUUUUGGACAUCAAUAAAUACUGUAUAACAAUGCUUUAUAAAAAACGAGAGAAAGAGUCUUUUUUCACAUAAAGCAGGUGUCAGGUUGAAAAAAGUUAGAAACUCGGCAAAAUCUUCUCUCCCUCUUUCAAAACUUUCCACCUAGUUCCUAGCAUUGAAAAAAAAUUUUUUUCAUGAACUGUCUUUAAAUCAUUCGAUUAUAAAUAUCUUUGGCCCAUUUUCGGAAAAUUUUGUCGAAGUUAAUUAACGAAUAAUUUUUUUUUCGAAGCAGUUUCGGCAGAUAAGUAGCUAGGAACUACUUAAUCUUAAUUCCGUUGAGCGAAAAUAUGAGAACUAAGAAUGCGAAAUCAAUUACAGAGAAAUAGUUUUAUACGAUUUCCAAAAUCGUUAGGGUCAAGAUAGCCUCUGUUACAGACGUUUCUUCAAAUUUUAGUUUCAUUCUCAACAAUAAUUCCUAUUUUAUACAAGUGAUAAACAAAUUUACUUACAGAGCUCUCCCUGCUGCUGGUCCGCUAGCUGCUCCAGCUUACGUUCAAGCUCCACCAGCGCCGUACUCGGCACCAUUCCCCGUCCAAGCGCCCCCGGCGUUCCCACCGCCACUUCCACAAGCUCAGCCUUCAUUCGGCGGCUUCCCAUCUCAAAGUGGAUAUGCACAGAACUUCGCUCCAGUGCAAGUUCAGCCACAAUUCGGAGGAGCUCCUGUUAGUGGCGCUCCAUUCGGCGGAGCUCCAAUCGGUGGUGGUAGCCUCGGCGGUGGUAGCCUCGGAGGUGGUAGCCUCGGCGGUGGUAGUCUCGGCGGGCUCGGCCUUGGCGGCGGGGGCGGCGGCUACGGAGUUCCGCCAAUGAAUUUCGGCACGAUGGGAGCAGGAGGAUCGUACUCUACGGGCGGUGAAAUUGGUAACAUUGGUGCCAACUUGAAUCCAUCAUACGCGAAUCAACCACUGCAUCCAACUGUUAAGCCUCUCCCACUCUGGGGACAACCCGUUGGAAUUCAAGUUAGUUAGAGUCAUUUUUCGAAUUUCGCUCUUUUUUUCAGUUGAACCAACCUGCCUCGGUUAGCAGUUCUCACAUCUCUCAGCCAGCCAAAGGUUCACAAGCAACCGCUUCGCAAGGUUCAUACGGAGACGAACAACCGGUCGCUCCAGCGGUAAAGCUAGUUCAUAAUAAGUGACUGAAAGUUUCUUCUUUCUCAGAGCAAUACUUUCGAACAAUCCAGUCCUGACUUCAGCAGCAAGUCCUCAGAGCACACCAUCGAGACCAAAGUCGAACAAACUGAUAGAGAGUCGUUGGCUCCGGCUUCUUCACGCCCAACUGUUGACACGACCUCUUCCGAACAAGAAGUCAUCCAACAGAUCCUGGCCAACGAGCCUGACUUGACCGCAGUGGAGAAGAAAACUGGCGCUAGACCGGCGCCAGCUUCUGUUGCUUCUCCUAGACGUCCAGAAGUAGCUCCAACGGCUUCUUCAUCCUCCUCCUCGUCUUCUUCUUCAUCUUCCGGUUCGUCGGCGCUAGAAGACGUGGCAACUGAUCAUGAAGCAGAGGAGAACAACGGAGCCGACUACGACCGUCCAGAAGGUGUCUCCGCUGUAGGCAACGGUGCUUCUGCCGGCUCGUCCGAAUCUGCAGAAGGAGAAACGGUAAGUGUGGAUAAAUGUGAUUGGGAAGAAUCGAGGAUUUCUGAAAUGUAUUUUCGGAAAAGAAAAAUUGAAAAAUUCGCGAAAUUUCAGAGAUAUAUCACAAGUAAAAAACCUGCUCAGAAAUAUCAAAAUCAUCUUGUAGAGGUUUUUUAUUACGGGUUAACUUGAAAUUUCACAGAAGUUCCUAGUAUUAGAGAAAAACAUUUUUGUGUACAAAAUCCUCUACGAAAAAAAGAAAAAAACGGAUCAAAUAAAGUUUUUUUCGUUUCUUCUUCCUUUUUUUGUAGUGUUUUUUUGGGAUUUCAAUUGAUUGAAAUGAGGAAGAUUUACAAUUAGAACAAGUUUUUAUUCAGUAAGAAAAGGGUGUCUGGAUCACAAAAACAGAAAAUUUUUUAAAUAAUUAAAUCUUCCUUCACGGAUCAUUGAGGUCAACUUUUAGGCUUGUAAUCCCGAUCGAUUUCUAAAUGUACAGAUAUCAUUCAGGAACGCCAUCAAACGACUAAUGAGGAGCAAAGUGGCGGACUGGACUUCAAACAGACUUCCGUCGGAGCCGCCGCCUCUUCAGGAGCCGCAGCCAACACUGAAGAGAACCAAGGCGACGACUACGACGACCAACCACCAUUGAAUGAGGUUGCACUCAAUGAGUCUAGAUAUUAUAUCUGAAUUGGCUCAGGACCGAAUUGAAGUUCCACACGCUUUUGUGGCAACUCAAGAAACUACUGCUGCGCCCGCUCCAACUAAUCCUUUGAAAUUACGCCCUGCUCCAGCUCCAGCUCCAGCUCCAGCUCCAGCUCCAGCUCCAGCUCUAGCUCCAGCUCCAGCUCCCGCUCCCGCUCCAGCACUUUCUCCGUCUCAUGUCCACUCUUCCGUUCCUGCUCCUGCUUCGACUCAAACGCAUGUUGCUCCAGCCCCAGCUCCGGCUCCUGCACCAGUUCCUUCGGCUCCUAUCGCUACUAUUGAGCCACAACCAGGAUCUGUUAAAAUUCCACACACACAUGGAACAAGUGGUGGUGGCAUUAGCCAUGGCUCCAGCUCUUCUGGACCUUCUGAGGCUUCUGGAGCUUUUGGAACUCCUGGAUCAACUUCUGGCGCAACAGGAGCUUCUGGCCUGUCAGGAGCCUCUGGAUCUGCUGGUUCGACGGGACUUUCUGAAACUUUCGGAACUCCUGGAUCAGCUUCUGGAGCAUUUGGAAAUGCUGGACCAACUGCAGCUUCAGGCUCCUCGGGACCUUCUGGAACUUUUGGAUCACCAGGAUCUUCUGGUCCUUCUGAAAAUUUUGAAGAGGCUACUCCACCUGGCCCCGCAGUCGCAUCACAAUCCGUUGUUCCUGCGGCUUCUGAAACAUCGGAACCGGCUCCAAACGCACCAAAAGAGGUCCAAUACGGAAUCGCCAAAGUCCAGGUUAGUUUAUUUCGUAAUUUUUCAAAGAAAAAAAAAACUAGCGGAAGCUAUAUCAUAAAUACUUUAUUGGAACUUAAACAUGAAAAAAACAAUUAGAAACAAUCCCUUGUUCAUUUGUUCCCACUAGCCUUUCAAAACGGUAAAAAAACAAGAUAAUUUAAAAUUUUGAGAAUAAAAAAAGAUCCAGAACUGAAAUUAGCUUUUCGAAUUUUUUUGUGAGAAGAGUUUUUAUCCAAAUCAAAGUACACAAAAAAAGAAAAAAAAUAUAAUAAUCAAUAGAAAAAAAGUAUUCCAUCUUUUUCGAUUUUUGUAAAAACUCAUACAUAUAUAUGUAAUAUAUAUUGAAAUAAUUUCUCAAAAAAAUAAGUUUCUGAAAGAAUAUUCAGCCUUCUUUUUUUCUUUUUUUCGAAAGCUUACUAGGGAACUGUUUUUUUACACGCUUCAAGAACUUGAAAUAGCGCUUUUUUGUCCUAAAAACGUUUUCUAGUUAGAUACCACAAUUUCUGAAAUAUAUAUCAUUCCUCAUGACACAGAAAUAACUUUUAUAAAAGAAACGAUUUUCGAUAAACUUCCUCUUGAAACAAAACCGACUCACACAUUCGUCAAAAGUAAACUUUAGAAGCGAAAAAUUAAAGAUAUAUAAUUCAAAAUUUUCUCAAUCGAAAAAAAAACAUUAAAAAGAUGAAACUGAUCUGAAACUUUCUUAGCCAACUGACGAAAGCGAACAACGCGGCGUCGAUUACGCAGGCGCUGACUACGACCAGCCGGCUGCCAACAAGGUAAUUUUCAAAACUAAUCGCAAAAUAUUGCAAUGAAAACGUUAAAUAUUCUUUAAGAAACCUACGCCAGAAGGUUACGGAAUCAAAAAGGUAUUUUUAAGUUUUUUCAGUUUUGGCAUGCAUGAUCGCUAAUUUUGGGUUCUCUUCUUUUUUUUUGAGCUUCUGCGCUUAUUUUAUUUUUCGACAAGGAGAAAAAAAUUUGUUUGAAAUUGGGGUAGAGCUGAAUAAUGUUGAUGGAAAACUCUGAAAUGGUUUCGGAUUUAAUUAUUUGAUUUAAAUAAAGGUCAUGACGGGAUGGAGCUAACUUUGGAACAUCGUUUCUAACCUGGGCGGAUUUUCGGAAGUUUUGUUGAGCCGAAUAGUUUUUUGAGCCAAAGAAGGGAUGAAACUUUUCUGGAGUUGAUCAACUUUUUGAGUUGCUUUGCGUACAAGAAGCAUACAGUGAACGAAUAAUUUCAUUCGCGACGUUUUUUUUUGCUUUAUAAAGCUUUACCGUUUUAUUAAAACCCAGCUGGGCCAGUUCGAUAAAAAAAAGUUUUUUAAGGUGCAAGCAGCAGGAACAGUGCACGUCUCUGCUCCACUCGACUUCGACGAAUCCCAGACGAACAUUGAUGCUGCCAAUCCCUACAGCCGUUGGCGGCUUUUCGCUUAA